CCAUGAGGCUGCAGGCGCUCGAUCUCCGGUUACUGGUGCUACUGCUGGUUCUUCUUCUUCAGCCUGUGCACGGGACUCCCAGGGCGCAGGACAUGAGUCUGGGCGUGGACUGGCUGACUCGCUAUGGCUACCUACCUCCGGCUGAUCCUUCCCAAGCCCAGCUGCAGAGCCUUGAGAAGCUGCAGGAUGCUAUCAAAGUCAUGCAGAGAUUUGCCGGCCUGCCUGAGACAGGUCAAAUGGACGCUGAAACAAUAGCUGCCAUGCGCAAGCCCCGCUGCUCCCUGCCUGAUAUUCUGGGGGCUGCUGGGCUGGUCAGGCGCCGCCGCCGCCGUCGCUAUGCUCUGAGUGGCAGUGUAUGGAAGAAGCGCACCCUGACGUGGAGUAUCCGGUCCUUCUCUCAGAGCUCCCAGUUGAGCCAGUCGACCGUGCGGACCCUCAUGAGUUACGCCCUGGCUGUCUGGGCUGUUGAGUCAGGCCUUACCUUCCAGGAGGUGGAUUCUCAGCAUCAGGAGCCCGACAUCCUUAUCCAUUUUUCCCGGGGCUACCACCAAGACAGUUACCCCUUUGACGGACCCGGUGGCACCCUGGCUCAUGCCUUCUUCCCUGGAGAGCACCCCAUCUCUGGAGACACUCACUUCGAUGAUGAGGAGACCUGGACUUUUGGGUCACAAGAUGGUGAAGGAACCGACCUGUUUGCAGUAGCAGUUCAUGAGUUUGGCCACGCUCUAGGCCUUGGUCACUCUUCUGCUCCCAACUCCAUUAUGAGGCCCUUCUACCAGGGCCCAGUGGGCGACCCUGACAAAUAUCGCUUGUCCCAAGAUGACCGUGAUGGAUUGCAGCAGCUCUAUGGGAAAGUGUCCCAUACCCCGUAUGAUAAGCCCACAAGGAAACCCUUGGCUCCACCUCCACAGCCUCCAGCCUUGCCCCCUGACAGCCCCUCCACACCUGUGCCUGAUCGCUGUGAGGGCAAUUUUGAUGCUAUUGCCAAUAUCCGAGGGGAAACCUUCUUCUUCAAAGGCCCCUGGUUCUGGCGCCUCCAACCCUCAGGACAGCUGGUGUCGCCUCGACCAGCUCGGCUGCACCGCUUUUGGGAGGGGCUGCCCACCCACGUGAGGGUUAUCCAGGCUGCUUAUGCCCGACCCCUAGAUGGCCGAAUCAUCCUUUUCAGCGGCCCCCAGUUCUGGGUGUUCCAGGACCGACAGCUGGAGGGCGCAGCGCGGCCACUGGUAGAGUUUGGGCUUCCCCCGGGAGAAGAGGUGGAUGCUGUGUUUUCUUGGCCUCUCAAUGGCAAGACUUACCUGAUCCGAGGCCAGCAGUACUGGCGGUAUGACGAAGUGGCUGCCCGCCUAGACCCUGGCUACCCACGCGUCCUGAGUCACUGGGAGGGGGCACCGCCCGCCCCAGACGAUGUCACCGUCAGCAACACAGGUGACACCUACUUUUUCAAGGGCACUCUUUUCUGGCGCUUUGCGAAGGGCAGUGUCAAAUCUGAGUCGGAUUCCCCCCAGCCCAUGGGGCCCAAGUGGCUGGACUGCCCUGCCCCCAGCUCCGACCCUCAAGUCCCCAACCGCCCGAAAAUGACACCCAAAACCGGAACCUGUGAUUGUCACUGUGAUCUCAAUCAAGCCACAGGGCCGCUGUCAGUGACCCUCCUGUUGCCCCUCCUGCCCUUCCUGAUUGGAGCUGUCUUUUUUUGCUGAAACCUGGUCCCUCCUAGCAGAUCAGCUUCCUACACCGAAGAGAGUCGGAGUCUUCCGCAGCUGGACCUAGUGUGUGGGGUCCUGAGAUCCUGCGGAGUCUCACUGUCUGUUCCCACGGGGAAACCAAGUUCACAGAGUUGGGCGGGUUCCUAGCAGAAGCCUGUGGAUGUCUUGAUUGGGGCGGGGCGGGGUGGGGGGGGGAGAUACCAAACCUGCUUGCUAUUAGGGCACAGGAGCUGUGGCAGUAGUCAGGGAUACCGCCAGGGGGCGGUAUGCACCCUUCUCCAUCGCCAGGAAUGGGGCUUUGCUGUGUGCAGUCCCUGGAGCUAGGAACCCAUCCGAACUGCGGAUUGAACACACAGUGCUCGGCCCUACCCCGUUGCUCCUCAGACACCAUACCUGCCUCAAGUUGUGUGCUGUGGUGACUGACUUUCUGCACCCCUCUGAUUCUCCACAAUUGUUCAUACUGGUAACAGUGGGACAGCAACUGUACUCUGACUAGAUGGUUAAACAGGACCAGGACAUUGAACUCCAGUGCCUCCGAUAGCCGCUGAAUGUGUUGCUGAACCUUCUUACUCUACAUUCAUUGUACUCUACCUUCCUUUAUGGUCACUGCCAUAGGGUGGGGCGAAGACCAAGAGCUGCUCCCUCCCCCAGGGUAUACCUUAGACCCUGCUUGAUGUCAGUGUUGGCGUGGGUGGGCAGUUGCUCUCAUUUCAGAUCACCCUCAUAUCAGAACACAACCGGCACGGGGGAGGGUCACCCCGAAUUCAAGAUCGUCAAAUGCCAUUGGAAGGUGUUCCUGCACCAAGCGAAGUGACCGCUGGUUCCUUCUGGACCACCGUCGCUCCCGUCUGCACAGUGCUGCGGUGGACAGGACCCUCUCAGCGAUCCUAUAUUGCUUCCUCCUCCUCUUCCCUUUCCUUCUCACAUACUAUUUUCAGUUGUGUCUGUGAGUACAGGAGCCCAGCGGUGCUGGAUCCUCUCGGAGGUGGAGUGGUCUGGUCGUGAGCCCAGGAUCCUGAGUGUAGAACUCAGGUCCUCUACUAGAAUAACAUGUGACAGCUUCAGCCCCUGUCAUUGCCUUCUGAGCCCUUCCCAGGGACCCAAUGAUACAGCUAAGGGGUGAAGAGAGCUGAGGCAGCUUCCUUCAACCUAACAUCCUCAUAGAUUGAGGACAUAGAUCAAUGAUUCUAGAAUAUUCCUCAUCAGAAUAACUUUAUGGGAUUUUAUUUUUUCAGGACAGGGUUUCUCUGUGUAGCCCUGGCUGUCCUGAAACUCACUAUGUAGGCCAGCCUGGCUUUGGACAUCCACCUGUCUCUGCCUCCUGAGUCCUAGAGUUAAAGGCACGUGUCAGCACCAUCUCAUGGGAGUUUAAGAAUGCAGGUCCCAUUCCCUCUGCCUGAAUCCUCAUUCUGGGGUGGGGGCAGGCAUCUGCACUUUAACAAGUACGGGGUGGUGAGCGCUGAAGCACCAGGUCUUCUCAGUGCCGCUUCCUCUCCCAGGGACCAUUUCUUCUUGUGUUCUCCACAAGGUCAGGCUGAUGGCUGGGGAGCCAUCUCCCCCAGCCUCCUUUCCAAGUGUGAACGGGCCAGAUGUCAUGGGGUCCUCAGUCGAGAGACAGACAGGCUGAUUAGUUUAUUAAGACAAUACCUGGUAGCGAGCAAAGUGCUCUGAAAAGAGACUGAGCGGUAAGCAGCCUAAUGGACAAGACCGGAGAAGUUCUAUAAAUUAUUAUGAAUAUUUAUGAAGUAGGUGGAAUAUUGAUUGGGUUAUAUGAUCUUUUCCCAUCACAAACCAUGGUAGACCAGAUCUUCCUGUCAAGAUAAUUCCACUGUUGGCUCCGUGAAAGGAAGGCGUGUCAGAAGGAUUCAGAGCUUUUGUUAGUGCAGAGCUAUAGGCUGAGUGACCUCACGAUCUGGUUUCUGAUCCCGUGGGGACAAUGUGCCUGCUUCUUCAAGGAUGUGCAGGCAAAGUGGGCAGUCUGGCCCUCAGGAGACAGCUACCAACAUGCAGCUGUAGAAUCCUUCAUCACGUACCUAGCUCCUGGUCUACAGCGUGGUCUCUGCUGGAAUCUGGAGCAGUUUAGAGACACAGUAUUUUUGUGGCAGGCCUUUUCUUUUGAGCCACCAACCAGCUCCCAAAUCACGACACGGAGACUUAUUAUCAGUUAUGAAUGUUCGGACGUAUCUUAUGUUUGUCCUAUGAAGUCUUCUAACUUAAAUUAACCUGUUUCUCUAA